CCCCGGUAAGUAUUCUUUCUCCAACCAAACAGGCCAGAUGGUAGGGCUGUUAAUAUGAGAAGUGGUUAAUAAGCCUUUCAAUUCCAACCCCCCAUCCCCAAUAUAUCUAUAUGUAUUUGUGUGCAAAAUAGGAAAGAGCUAGACAAAGUGAAGAUAAUGAAGACUGAAAAGAAAAUGAAAAGGAGAAUGGGUGGCCCCUCUCCUACUCACCCUCCUCCAUAUCCAUCAUCAACAACCUUACUGAAAACCCUAAUCCUAGCAGGACUCUACUCCCACCUCUACCGCACUGCAGGAUCUCUUCACAGAGCAAAGUCCAUUCUCAGACACCGCAUCCUCAAACAUCUCGCCGCCGUGAAGCAACGGAUGGCCAUCCUCAUUGUCAAGAAGAGUAAUAAUAAUAAUAGCAUGAAGGCGGCCUUCAACAACGACCAGCUCCACAAAAAGGCGUUGAAGCUCAGCUCCUUUAUUAGGCCACUCUACAGCUGGUGCUCCUCCUCUGAUCACGUUCCCGCUCCUCCUCCGAUGCCAUCGUCGGUCCGUGUUAGCCGUUGUUCUAAUGAUGAUGAGUCUCCGGCCGGGCUGUCGGGAUACCUUGACUGGCUUGAUGGGGAGGUGGAGGAGGAGGUGGGCGGUGAUGCUGACAUUGAUCGGAUAGCAGAGGCAUUCAUUGCUGAUUGCUAUGAGAGGUUCAAGUUGGAGAAAGUUGAAUCUCAUAGGAAACAUCAAGAGAUGUUAGCUAGAAGUACGUUUGGAGAAAAAUACAGUUAGAAGUACAUGUUCAAAAUAAACAUAAGGUAGCCCGGUG